CCAAAGCCAAAGCAAAAAAUUUUGAAUCCGAACGACAAAAGCCAAAGCAAAAUUAAGAUUAGGUUGAAUCACUUACCUGAGUUUGAUCGGACGGCGAAGAUGAGCUGCAACGGUUGCCGAGUCCUACGGAAGGGGUGCAGUGAGACAUGCGUACUGAGGUCCUGCCUCCGCUGGAUCGAUUCUCCCGAAUCCCAAGGCUACGCCACCUUGUUCCUCGCCAAGUUUUUCGGCCGUAGCGACCUCUUGUCCUUCAUCUCCGCCGUGCCUGAAAACCAACGCCCUGCUCUUUUUCAGUCUCUGCUUUUUGAAGCGUGCGGGCGUACGGUGAACCCGGUGAGCGGAGCGGUGGGGAUUCUCUCGAGCGGGAACUGGCACGUGUGUCACGCGGCGGUCCAGACGGUGUUAUCCGGCGGUGUUUUGAGGCCGUUACCGGCGAUGCUGACGCCAAACCUGGACGAAUCAUCCCAAGUCACUAUCAACAGAGGCUCAUGCGGAAUUCAAAACCCCCGCUACACAUCCGUACCGUCCAUGUUCGACGACGACGUGGAGCCGUUGGAUGUAGGACUCUCGCUGAAGCCGAAUCUCGCGGCGGCCGGAGGAAGAGGACGAGCGAGGGGAUGGAGCUGUGCAGUUGAUCGAAUGAGAGACACGGUGUCGUUUAGCUCCGAAGAUUCGGUCAUGACUACUAGCGGUGGCGGCGGCGGUUCGGACGGUGGCCGCAAGCUUUUGAACCUUUUUGUUUGAGCGACUCAGAUUCUGUGUCUAUGAAAGUAUGAAACUAUGAAGUAUGAAAGCUAUAAGAGAAGCAUAGAGAGUGAGAGAGAGGGAGAGAGAGCUAUUUUGUUGAACUGGUGAGGUCUAGAGUCUAGACUGUAGAAGAGAGUAAUGUAAUAAGAGGGAAAAAUGGUAACCGGAGCCCGUCAGUUUUUUGUUG